GAGCCGGCGUCACGUGACGGGGUCCGGAAGCGGCUGUCCAGCAGACUUAAAAACGAUGGCUAGGGGUCGGCGCUGAGGCUGCGCAGGGUGGGUUGAGCUGGAGCCGGAGCCCGGGCUGGUCAGGGUCGAGCGCUACCAUGUCCACGCAGCGACUCCGGAACGAAGACUUUCACGACUAUAGUUCCACAGAUGUGAGCCCUGAAGAGACCCCAUCGGAAGGCCUUGGUAACUUCUCCCCUGGCUCCUACCAGCGCUUAGGGGAGAGCAAUAGUACGACAUGGUUCCAGACCUUGAUCCACCUGCUAAAAGGCAACAUUGGCACUGGACUACUGGGGCUACCACUGGCAGUGAAGAAUGCAGGCCUUUUGUUGGGUCCUCUCAGCCUGCUGGUGAUUGGCAUCGUGGCCGUGCACUGCAUGGGGAUUCUGGUGAAGUGUGCUCGUCACUUAUGCUACAGGCUGAACAAACCCUUUUUGGACUAUGGGGACACAGUGAUGUAUGGACUGGAAUGCAGCCCCAGCGCCUGGGUCCGGAGCCACUCCCACUGGGGAAGGCGCAUCGUGGACUUCUUCCUCAUUGUCACUCAGCUGGGAUUCUGCUGCGUCUACUUUGUGUUUCUGGCUGACAAUUUUAAACAGGUGAUAGAGGCGGCCAACGGGACCACCACCGACUGUCACAACAAUGAGACUGUGGUCCUGAUGCCCACCAUGGACUCUCGACUCUACAUGCUCGCCUUCCUGCCCUUCCUGGCGCUGCUGACUUUCAUUAGGAACCUGCGCAUCCUGUCCAUCUUCUCCCUGCUGGCCAAUGUCAGCAUGCUGGUCAGUCUGGUCACAAUCUACCAGUUCAUCGUCCAGAGUAUACCGGACCCCAGCCACCUCCCCUUGGUGGCUCCAUGGAAGACCUACCCUCUGUUCUUCGGCACAGCAAUUUUUGCUUUUGAAGGCAUCGGUGUGGUGCUACCCCUUGAGAACAAAAUGAAGGACUCACAGAAGUUUCCGUUUAUCCUGUAUUUCGGGAUGGCCAUUAUCACUGCACUCUAUAUCAGCCUGGGGAGCCUGGGGUACCUGCAGUUUGGAGCUAAUAUUAAGGGCAGCAUCACACUCAACCUGCCCAACUGCUGGUUGUACCAAUCUGUGAAGCUGCUGUACUCCAUAGGCAUCUUCUUCACAUACGCUCUCCAGUUCUACGUCGCGGCUGAGAUCAUCAUUCCGGUCAUUGAUUCCCGAGUGCCUGAGCCUUACAAGAUGAUGGUGGACCUCUGUGUACGCACUGCGAUGGUCUGCAUAACGUGUGUUCUGGCCGUUCUCAUCCCGCGCCUGGACCUGGUCAUCUCCCUGGUGGGCUCUGUGAGCAGCAGCGCCCUGGCCCUCAUCAUCCCGCCCCUGCUGGAGGUGACCACCUACUACUCGGAGGGCAUGAGCCCCCUGACCAUCAUCAAGGAUGUCCUCAUCAGCAUCCUAGGCUUCGUGGGCUUCGUGGUGGGGACCUACGAGUCUCUGUGUGAGCUGAUCCAGCCAAGCCAUGGCGAGAUCUCCACCAAUUCCACCAGUGCCUUCCUAUAAGGAUCUGGGUGUGUUCCCUGCACCUGCCAAGCCCCCACCCUUGUGUGUCUCCCAGUAGUGUCCCCACAGCCUCAGGUAUGGUUCAGCCUCUGGAGAAAGGCAAGGUUGCUGCCCAGGUCCAUCUGGCAUUGGACCCUGAGGUACCUUGAGUUUGGGGGAAGGGGGAGGAGCAGACAUUCCACUUGUGAUGGUGCAGUCACUGCUUUCCUCUUCACACCUCCUCCCUCAGCCCAGCCUCCCCCAUCUGACCUGCCACACCUAAAUUAUUCCCGGCGCACAGCUCACUUUAUUUACAAGGUAGUGUCCUGCUCCUGGCAUUUCUUCCUUUCCAGGGCCAGGUCUAGAUUAAAUAAGUGGGGACUCUGAUGUUUCACAAAGCCAGGCCUCUUUCUCAUCGGGCUCCCAACUGCUGUGUACCUCACUCUCCCACCCAGCUGAGUCCUGAGAGGCUUCUGGACCCCCAAACCCACAGACCAUACCACCGUAGCUCUCACUUCCUCUGUGUAGGUCACAAUACUGCCCUCUUCAUUCCUUUAGCUCUUAAAGAUAAUGAGAUGCUGCCCAGAUUGGAGGUAUUUAUAAUUUAUUUAAGCUUACAUUUUGGGAUCUGACUUCAGACCCGGCAUCAUGGUGGGUUACUUCUUCAGCAGCUUGCACUUGGCUUCUCCUGCCACAAAGAAACCUGCUCCAGGGGACCAUGGUAUACGUCCUUCACCCUCUUGGCUAUGUGGCCUAGGGGCUAUUCUUUUUGUUUGUUUGUUUUGUUUUGUUUUUGUUUUUCUGAGACAGGGUCUCACAGCACCAAAGUUGGCUUUGAACUUGCUAUGCCAAGGAUAACCUUGAUCUCUUGGUCCUCCUACCCCUGCCUCAAGUAUUGAGAUUAGUAGCAUGAGCUGCCCCGUCCAGCUGGCUCAGAGACCUUAAGUAUGAGCAUGCACCGCCUCUAGGAGAUCCAUGCAUACAUGGACUUCUGGAUAUGAGACUGAAUCCGUAUGGGCAUUUGGAAGCACUUGUGGUGUGUUGGCUGAGACAGGGGUGUGGGUUCUGACUUUCUCUUCGUGACACUACGCACAAGGGUCAUUGUUUACAGUUUCCUGGGGAGAGAGCAGAAGCCCCGUCUUGUCCCAAGCUGCCUCUGUAUCCUGGGCUUCCAAGGAACCACUAAACACUAUCUGUGACCUAUCUGUGUCUCCUAUCACACCUCCUGUAGAGUCACAUGGCUUUUAGGUCUGUCACCUCGAGGUGGGACAGGAUUUGCCUUGAACCUCAGUUUAGAGAAAGGAGCAAGAAUUUAACAGGGUCUUGCUUUUGUGUUUGACAGAAGCUAGAAGGGCUGUGGCCUGACCUUGCAGCCAAAUCUUUUCCUGUUGUUCUGUCCAGAACCUGUUGAGUGACUUCCAGGUCAAAGAAUGGGAAGGGUGGCCUCUGACUUACAGCAGCAUCUGGUCCAAGCAGUGAUGCUAAGAGGAAGCAUUGCUGUCUUGCUGGCCCUUAACCCUUAGGAGAGCAGUGUUUUUUACAUUAUUCUUUCUGCUCAUUAGCAUCUCCACAGGUGCUUACGCGGCUAGGUGCCAGCCAGGUUUCACAGAUGCCUUGCUUUCUGAAGUCCCAGGCUGGAAAAUGACCAAAGUAGGUUCAGACGCUGACCUAUAUUUCUGGGCUUGGGUUCCGGCAGCCAAACUGUGGGCCAGGCUCUCUCCUAGAGGUCACCUGAGCAUGACUUCCUGAAUGGAGGGACAAUGUAUUCAGAAUUGUUGGAGGCACCCCUAUCCAGAUGGUUUGAGAAGUCAAGACCCAAUGCACAAGCCCAGUAGUCAUUUCAGGGCCCCUGGCCUGAGACCGCACGGAGUGCCUUCCUUAGCACUAGGCUAGGGGCAGCUUCCUGGGUGUGACCUGAGGCACUGGCAGUUUGGUGACUGGACUCUUUCAGGAAGAUCAGGGCCUUUCUGGAUGAUACCAGGCAGCUGCUAAGCAUGUAGUUCCAGGGGGAAGAGGAGGCAGGUCCUCGGCUGCACACAGCCUACGGUUCCCAGGAGCCCUGAGUCAGGCCCUCCUGGCCUCUCCUGCUGUCAUUGGGGAACCAGAUGGCCCCUAGUGAGGAAACACUCAGAAAAAUGGAAGACUGAGUCAAGGCCAGAUGCCCCAAGGGCAGACAGGCUGCCUGAUCCUUAUCAGCCUGGUCCUUGCCUGUACCCAUGGUUCAGAGACCCAUUAUCCCAGACUUGAAUGUGAGCACUGGCUGGGAAGAGUGUGAUCCAGCCUGUGCAGCUCACCCUGCCCCAACUAUAGUGGCAUCUUUUGUAAUGUGCUAAUGUCUGGGAUCAGGAGAAGUAUGGGUUAGCUUAGGCCCCCCCACCUCACCUCUCUAGCCACACCUAUGGGCAGGUGUUCACUGUCUGCCGUUCACCCAUGGAAGUCAUGGUUUAAGAGAGAGCAGUGGUCUGAAGGCAGAUCCCAGGGCCUGUCCUUAGGCUCGCUCAUCCUCAGAUUUCUCCCCCUAUUCGGUGGCAUGUCUUCGGGCACUGCGGUUCCUCCUGAUCUUCCCAGGAAGUAUGGAGCUCCAAUUGUGUUUACAGCACUCUGUCCUCUAUGUACCUGGAGGACAGGGGUUUGCUUUCCCUACUGGCCAGCCCCAGCCACCGCUCCCAUUGGGACACUGAGGGUUGCAGAGACCUGAUAUGGGAACCAGACAGGAUGGUGGGACCUGGCAAUCAGGAGGUGGCGCCAAGUCAGCUUUCGAAUUUCAUUUUCUAAAGUACAUUACAAAUCAGAUACCAUUAGGGGGAAACGAGCCGUCUGGCUGCCUUGGAAACUGUGGUCAAUACUGAAGGCACUUUAGUCCUGCUGGUGGCGCCGGCUUCCACCUGGCCGGUUCCUUCCUUUUCUGUGUAUCCUGAGUCAUUCUCUGGCCAGGGACAUUAAACCGUGCUCAUAGGCAGUUAUCAGAAAGAAAAAAAACGUGGAAAAUGAGACUGGAAGGUGGCUGGUGUUCGCCCCGUGCUUUGGUUUAAAUCAAGGUGAUGUUGAAGAAGCUAUUUUCUUUCUUUCUUUUUAAUGAACAAUAAAAUCCUGUGUCUGUAUUGUAACUGUCAGCGAAUGUACGAAUCAAUGACCGAGAACGCUGCCAUGUAGGAUACGAUAGCCAGACAGCAUCGUGUCUCAUGUACCCACCUAUGUAUGAUUUCAGUAGGGUAAGCACACACAUGUGGCUCAUGUCAGAAUGUCUAGAUCUCAGUUGGGUUGAACACAUGGAUCUUGUGUUAAAUUUCCACUUCAAUAAAUGAAUUUAUUUUUUAUUUUUGA